CAGUUGCAAUCCAUCUCCAUCUCCAUCUCCAUCUUCAUCUCCAAAUUCGCUUGAUUUAAUUCAUACCUUAUGUUACAAUUAGAAUUCAUAUAGAUUCAUUGUUUAACCCUAUAACCAAAUAAAUCAAAAAGUAACAAUAGAUCACUUCAUCCUACGUAUCUUUGUUAAUAAUUAAUAAUUUAUUCAUUGCAUUAUACAUACAUAAACAAAAAAAUGUCACCUAAUACCAUAAUAACUUCUGCAUCAUCUUAUACUUCCAAACAAGAAGGAAGUGAAAUAAUAAUCCCUGCUAAACCUAAUGAUUAUGAGGCACUAUUCAAAAAAUUAGAUAUUGAACAUAAUGGAGAAAUAACUCUAAAAGAUUUCAAACGAUCUCUAAAACAAUUAAAACAUCCUAUAAGUGAAAAUCCCGAUUUAAUACAAUCAGUUUUUAAUUCAUUCGAUUCAAAUCAUGAUAAAAAGAUUGAUUUUAAUGAUUUUAAAUUAUAUCUAACAACGACUGAUGAUCAAAUUUUAAAAGGGUUUAAUAUAAUAGAUCAAGAUAAUGAUGGGAAAUUAAAUAAAGCAGAUUUUGUUCAUUAUUUAAAGAAAUCAUUACAUUUAAAACCUUCAGAUUAUGAUAUUGAUAUGUUAUUCUCUCAAAUUGAUUAUAAACAUGAUGGAUAUAUUACUUAUGAUGAAUUUAGAGAAUUUUUAAUCUUAAUGCCUCGUUUAGAUGGUUCAAGAAUUAGAACAGCUUAUAAUUUCAUUGCUGAAGAAUUCGAUUUAUCUCCUGAUGGUGAAGUCACUUUAAUUAAUCAAUUUUUAAAUGGUUUUGGCUUCUUCUUAGCUGGUGGACUUUCUGGUGUUGUAUCAAGAACUUGUACGGCUCCAUUUGAUAGAAUAAAAGUAUUUUUAAUUGCAAGAACUGAUUUAUCUUCGACAAUAUUACAUUCAAGAAAAGAGAUUGCUCGUCAAAUAGAAGAAGGUGCAUCAACCAAAUUAAUAGAAGAAGCAAGAGCUCAUUUAGCUCAUAUAGAAAGGGAAGCAGCUGCAGCAGCAGCUGCUGAACCUCAUCACCAAAAGACAAUUAGAUCUCCUAUAAUACAAGCAGCAAGAACUUUAUAUAAACAAGGGGGGUUAAGAAGUUUCUAUGUUGGUAAUGGUUUAAAUGUUUUAAAAGUGUUUCCUGAAGCUGCUAUGAAAUUCGGAUCAUUUGAAGCAACAAAAAGAUUUUUAGCUAGAGUUGAAGGUGUUGAUGAUACAUCUAAAUUAUCUAAAGGAUCUAAUUAUUUGAGUGGAGGUAUUGGGGGAGUUUGUGCACAAUUCACUACAUAUCCAAUUGAUACUUUAAAAUUUAGAGUUCAAUGUUCAAAUUUAGAUUCCAAUAUAAAGGGUAAUGAUUUAUUAAUAUUAACUGCUAAAGAAAUGUAUAAAGAAGGAGGAUUUAGAAUCUUUUAUCGUGGAUUAUAUGUUGGCUUAAGUGGUAUAUUUCCAUAUGCUGCGUUAGAUUUGGGUACUUUUACAACAAUUAAGAAUUAUUUGGUUAAAAGACAAAGUAAAUUAACUGGACAACGAGAAGAACAUGUUAAACUUUCUAAUUUUACUGUCUUAAGUUUAGGAGCUUUAUCAGGUACAUUUGGAGCCACAGUAGUUUAUCCAAUUAAUUUAUUAAGAACAAGAUUACAAGCUCAAGGAACUUAUGCUCAUCCUUAUAGAUAUAAUGGGUUUAAAGAUGUUUUACAACAAACUAUACAAAGAGAAGGUGUUCCUGGUUUGUUUAAAGGUUUGGUACCUAAUUUAGCAAAGGCAGCGCCAGCCAUUUCAAUUACCUAUUUCAUGUAUGAGAAUUUAAAGAAUAUAUUUGGUUUAACAUCUACCCGAUAAUUUGGUAUUCAUUGUAUAAUUCAAUUCAUUCAUUAUAGUACAUAGACUACAUAUAUUCAUUAUGUAUAUCAAAAUUAAAUAUGUAAAGAUUAAUUUGUCCGAUUGGUUUAAAUUUAAUUAUAGCGUUGUUGUUGGUGUUAUUAUUGUUGGUGUUAUUGUCUGACUGGGAUAGUCUAACCCAAUUGGAGUUUACUAAAUUUAGUGAAUCAGGAACAUUAACAAUUACUUUAAAAAAUAAUUCAUUAUCAGGAGUGACAAUUUGAUUUCUUUUCAAUUCAUUUAUAUGGUGAUAUAAUAAGGUAUUAAAUUGUAAAUAAAUGUCUUUCCAACUGAGUUGAGGAUCAUUAAUUAUUGUCGAAUUAUCGUCUUUUAUGUCAUCAUUAUUAAAAUUGUCAUGCAUAAUUAUUAAGUC